AUGGGGGGUUCUAAGCUGCUCAGGGUCCUCUCCACCCUCUCGCUGCUCAUUCUGAUGAGGGCAACCACUAUUGCCACCGAGACAACAACCACAACCAACCCGGCAAACACCGAGACAACAACCACAACCAACCCGGCAAACACCGAGACAACAACCACAACCAACCCGGCAAACACCGAGACAACAACCACAACCAACCCGGCAAACACAGAGACAACAACCACAACCAACCCGGCAAACACCGAGACAACAACCACAACCAACCCAGCAAACACGGAGACAACAACCACAACCAACCCGGCAAACACCGACACAACAACCACAACCAACCCAGCAAACACCGAGACAACAACCACAACCAGCCCGGCAAACACCGAGACAACAACCACAACCAACCCGGCAAACACCGAGACAACAACCACAACCAACCCGGCAAACACCGAGACAACAAUCACAACCAACCCGGCAAACACCGAGACAACAAUCACAACCAACCCGGCAAACACCGAGACAACAAUCACAACCAACCCGGCAAACACCGAGACAACAACCACAACCAACCCGGCAAACACCGAAACAACAACCACAACCAACCCGGCAAACACCGAGACAACAAUCACAACCAACCCGGCAAACACCACCGAGACACAAGGUUCAACUACACCAGGUGCAAAUGGGACAGAAGACACUUCUACGACUACAGCUACUCCGACCAGUCCAACAACUCCAGCAGCCAUCACCGCAUGCAACGCAGACAGCUGCGGGAUAGCCACGUGUGUGGGCCUGCACGAGACGUUCCGGUGCCGGUGCCCCGUGUACCUGUACUACAUAAACGGCUCUUGCACGGCAGGCGACAGCGUUUUUGGGAAUCUUGUUCUAAACAAUCAAGCUUUCAGUCAAGGAAACUUAGACGAAUACACGCAGAUAUAUAAAGAAGUAGAGAGACACUUUCAGCGAAUAUUUGCUAAUGACACGGGAUACGCACAGACUGUCAUCCAGGAUAUAAGCGCCCAGACCUCCCGCAGCCGGACGGCCCGUAACGGCGUGACCGUGUCGGUUAGAACAAUUGUCAUGUUUCAGCUGAACUCCAUAGAUCCAGAGGAAGUAGUCAAUAUAACAACGCAGUAUUUUAAAGACGAGGGCAUAGGAAGUUUUGCCGAGCAAAGUGUAUGCGAUGGAUUUUACUGCGAGAUGGAAACCACAACAUGCACUGUAACAGCAGCAGCCCAGCCGCCGGUGUGCAAGUGCAGAGAGGGCUUUUACACGUCUGCAGAAACCAUCACCUCCUGCCGGGAAUGUGAUCCGAGCUGCGGUUCUGUUGAAGGGCAGCACUGUGUUCUGGACUCAGAAAAGAGGCUCCCGAAGUGCGUAUGUGGCCCCGGCUACAAAACAACCAGAGAUAAUAAAUGCACAAAGUGUCCGUUCGGAUACACGGGAGAGGGGUGCAAGGACAAUUUCAAGUUACUCCUGGUCAUUAUCGGCUCUGUGGCCGGAGCGCUCUUAAUUGCAUUAUUUGGAACAAUUAUUGGAUGCUCUAUAAGGUCGCGAAAACGAGGAAAAAGCUCGGACAGGAACCAUCUGCUCCUCCAUGUUGGGUAUUCGGGAAGCAGCAGCAGCCCGCAGCCCGAACGUUUAUUCCCCAAAGUCACAGCCAAAGCGGACCUCGGUCAGGUGAACAAAAGCGCCAACAUGUACGAGGACGACGAGCAGUUUACCCGCUCCAUGCCCAAGCGGGACUACGAGGAGGAUCCUUGGUAUGAAAUGUCACACAGGGACAGAAAGUACUGACCGCGCAUGAGGGGAACUGGACACACUAAGAUUUAUUUAAAUGCAGAUUUUUUUAAAUAGGUGCCUGUAAAGCUGCGUAUUGGGCAGGGGGGGCCUUCCAUAAAAAUCCCUGCCUCACAUAAUGAUUUUCAGUGUAUAUAAUAAUAACAGAAACACAGAAUCUGCUGGCAGAUCGGCCCCGUCCGGCCCAUCCAGUCUCCCGCUUCUUCUGCUAUAAAGACUCCAACCUUAACCAGUCGUUGGUCUCACUGUAUUACCCUCUACCACACCUGCUGGGAGGCUGUUCCGCUUAUCUACCACCCUCUCAGUAAAGUAAAACCUCUGACCCUCGAGAUUCGGGUCUCUUGUUGUAACUUUUCUUCUCCUUUGAAAUAAAUUCCCUCCCGUCCGUUUAUUAAACCCCCUUUUGUGUUUAAAUGUCUCUAUAAUGAUAAGAGGCUGCGGCAGAUAUCUCCGGAGGAGAGGAAUCGCGUGGAUACAGAGGUGCCGGUUGGUGUUACUCGCCUUACACUCCCCACACAAAACAUAUUUUUUUAUAAAUGUUUCCCUUAAUUUAUUCUUUUCAACGAAAUCUUGAUUCUUAUUUUACCGAGAACAUAAAGUUAUUCCCAACUAUUUUAUGUCUUAAACAAUCUUAGUUCAGGUGGCUGGAUGAUGUCAUACAAGACAAUCUAUAGGCGUUGUGUGGCGAAAAGAGACCACAUAGUGGGCGUUCAGUGACCCGGGGAGUCCGGGCUAAAACCCAGAGAGUUCCCAGGCAUGACUUCGAUGAUGUAGAUUAUGGAAAAUGUCUGUAUGACAUCACCACUCCCCUUUAUUGAGCGUUUUAAAAAAGCAAUAGAGAGACGACCAUCCGGGACAGAGACGGUCGUGGGUCUGAGCGUAAAAUGUAACGUUCCCUUCGGGAUGUCCAAAAUCGAACGUUCUCGUGUUAAUUUAUUUUUUGAAAAUAUGGUUAAAUAUUAAAGUAUCUGCUGAAUAUA